UCCUGUCUGUCUGUACGACCCCGUCUGUUUCCAUGGCAAAGUCGAUGAGUCUGCUGUGGGGGGCUGGAUCCCCUCCCUGCUGGCGACUUAUGAUCACUCUGGAGGAAAAGAAGCUGCAGGGCUACAAACACAAGCUGCUGUCUUUUGAGGAGGGAGAGCACAAAUCCCAGGAAGUGUUGGAAAUCAACCCGAGAGGACAGCUUCCUGCCUUCAAACAUGGAGACAACAUACUGAAUGAGUCCAGUGCAGCAUGUUUAUACCUGGAGAAUCAGUUCAAGUCUCAGGGCAACAAGCUGAUCCCUGACAGUCCUGCAGAGCAAGCACAGAUGUUCCAACGCAUGAUGGAGGGUCUCCCAUUCACUGAUAAACUCAAUUCAGUCAUCUACUAUGAGUGGUUUGUCCCUGAAGAGGAGAGACAUGAUUCUGCUGUGGAGAGAAACAAGGAAGCUCUGGCCACUGAACUCAAACUCUGGGAGGAAUACCUGCAGAAGGUGGCUGCAGGCUCAUACCUGGCGGGGGCCUUCUCUUUGGCUGAUGUGAUCGUCUUUCCAAACAUUGCUUAUGCGUUUCGUUUUGGGCUGUCUGUUGGACGUUACCCCAAACUGGCCAAAUAUUACAGCCUGCUGAAGGAUAGAGCCAGCAUUAAAGCCAGCUGGCCCCCACACUGGCUGGCCUGCCCAAGGGGUUUUGACAUCCUCAAGGAUCUCUGAAACACACACCUUCACCUUGGGUGACCAGAUCCCAACAAACCAAAUAUGGGACAAAGUAUGUUUGGGACAUGUUACCAAUGCUGAGAGGUAGUCUAAAAUGUUGAUAUAAUGUCUAUCUAACUUGAAUAAUAAA